CGGGUUGAUGAGGAAAUGGCACGGCAGCUCGAGGAGUAUAAAUAUGGGCCAAGAACCCGCACUAGGCAUAUACACCUUGGACAUACUACAGAAGAAGAACAGAACUUAAAGAUAUUGAAAGACUGGCAGAUACCAAAAAUGAAAUUGUUUUUAGCUGUAUUGGUCUGUUUUAGCGCUUUGGCUCAAAUUGAGGCCUUGAGAUGGUCUGCAUGGUUUGACAGAGACAACCCUUCUGGAAGUGGAGACUGGGAAACUUUAGCUGACCAAAAUAAAAUAAGAGCCGUCUGUCCCCUUAGUUCUCCUAUCGCAGCCGAGUGUCGCGUCAGAGGCAGUAGCGCCAUAUUUACCAUGACAAGCGGAUCAGCACCAAACGUGCUGGCUCACAGAUGUUCACCAUCAGUGGGACUUGUCUGUAAAAACUCUGACCAGCGUGGUUCCAUGUGUAGUGACUACGAGAUCCGAUACCUUUGCCCCAGUCCGUUGUCCGUAUGGAGUAGGUGGUUUGACCGUGACGACGCCUCCGGAACUGGGGACUGGGAAAACUUGUCUGAGCAAUUGAAACUGGGCGCAGUCUGCCCCUUUGGAGCAAAACCCCUUGGAGCCGAAUGCCGUGAGAGGGGCACCAACAACGUUUUCACCGAGUUUUCCGGAAAUCCACCCGACAAACUGCGCAUGCGUUGUACUAGUGCAGGAUUGAUCUGCAGAAAUUCUGACCAACCAGGUGGAAGGAUGUGCAGAGAUUACGAGAUCCGCUACUCUUGCCCCGCCAACAGCGCAGGACCCAGACCGGUCGGACCUAUAGGAGGCGGUCCUAAUAAUAAUUUUGGUCCUGUACCUAUCUAGACGACCAGAAAAAAUUUUGAUUUAAUAUUUUUAAUAUUUUUUGAAAACCAAGUCCGACUUUUUGUUAAUGUUGCAGUCGUAUUGUUUUAAUAGAUUUUGCAUAUACUUUUUAAUGAUUAUUUAGAAAUUAGACGUUCUGUUCUCCUUCUGUUGAUUCUCUUUAUAAAAACAGAGCAUACUGAGUGAGAAUUGUUUUUCAUUACAAGUAGUAGCAAACAAUGGAAGUUUGCCUUUUUAAUUAUGAAAUUUUACUGACACAGUUCAUUUGUCCAAAGUUCAAAAUGGCACCAAAUGAUUGUUCCCAAAGAAUAAUUUUGUCUGCGAUUAUACGCCAUGUUUGUUUAUUUAGACUCAGAAACAAUAAAGAGGCUAGAAAACAAUUA